AUGUACGGGAAUGUCCUAGAUUUAUUGGAGGUGGAUGUACAAGUUGAGUUAGCCCCUACAUUGGAAGAAUUUGAGCGAAUCUUCAGGCUAUCUUUAGAAGAUAAGAAGCCCUAUCGUUAUAUUGGGCAUUACCCUUCCAUGCUCGUUGUUGCUGAGAUUUUGAAAGUUCAGUAUCUAGAAGAACAUCUUCACCACUUAGCAGGAGUAGGGGAAUGGGAUACUUUCAUCGAUGUGUUGGCCUUCACUAUUUAUGGCAUUCUCAUAUUCCCUAAUACUGAUGAAUUUGUGGGCUUCGCAGCCAUUGAAGUAUUUGUGGCACACAAAUUUAAACGUGAAAACCCCAUCCCAACCAUUCUUGUUGAUGUUUACUAUACCUUGAGCUUUUGUCAUGAAAGGAAAAGGAAGAGGAUCUUGUGUUGUUUACCAGUGUUGUUCAUAUGGCUCACUGCUCAUAUGUUUAAUAGAGGAUACAAAGCAGCGUGCCCAAUCACUGCUUUUCGGAUGUAUCAGUUGAAAGCUAAAAGUGGUCGUGAGUGGGUGCAAACUUUGGCGAAGCUUGAUGGAAAAAGUGUUCGAUGGUAUCUUGAAUGGGCAAGAAUACAAGCUUUGGUUUACCAAUGUGGGGAUUUUCCCAAUAUGUCUUUGCAAGGUACUCGUGGAUGUAUCAAUUACAAUCUUUCUUUGGCAUUGCGACAACUUGGUUACCCUAUGAAAGAGGCUCCUACUGAAGAUAUGACAAUUCCUUUCCUCCUUUAUGAUCUGAAUCCUGAGAAUACUGUGAUUAUCAGAAAGGUCUGGAGUGCUUGGGGUAAGGUAGUACGAAAAGGUAAAGAAUUGGGGGUAAGAAGUUGUGAUUGCAAAGAAAACUAUCGUCAAUGGCUUAAAGACCGAGUUAAAAAAGUCAAGUUACAGUUCCAAAUUCCUGUAACUCCUGCAGUUAGCGAAACACCAAUUGUCGAACCUGUUAAGGAUGAAGAGUUGAAAGAGGUGAAGACUAGAUUGAUGAAGGUCGAAGCAGAGAAAAAGAAGCUAAAGCAAGAGUUAGAAGAAGCAAGGCAAACAAGUCGGGCAUACGAAAAAAUAUUGAGAGAGACCAUAAUUUUGAAGGGAGUAAUAAAAAGGCUAGAACCGAAGAGCACCUCAAGCUUAAAACUCAAGAUUGCUUGA